UGUGGGUGCCCAACAACUAGAAUCAAUGGUCAUGCAAAACCAACACAUCCUCACAUCCAUUCAUCCCGCCAUAGAAGUGGCCAUGGUUAUGAGUCUUCCUCUAUGAUGACUAGUGAUAUUGAAAGUACUAGUUUUUUAGACUCUGAAGAAGAAACUACUAGCAGAAUUUCUACUACUACUGAAGAAAGUAGUGUUUCUAGAAUUCAUCCAAGACACAGACGACGACGACGGCGGCAUCGUAUGCCUCCUAUGAGUCGAACGUCUUCAAUCAGCAGCAUCACAGAUUCUACUAUGUCAUUGAAUAUAAUUACAGUUACAUUGAACUUAGAUACUGUGAACUUCCUAGGCAUUAGUAUAGUUGGACAAUCAAAUAAAGGAGGAGAUGGUGGUAUUUAUGUUGGUUCAAUAAUGAAAGGAGGAGCUGUUGCCUUAGAUGGUAGGAUAGAACCUGGUGAUAUGAUUUUACAAGUUAAUGACAUAAAUUUUGAAAACAUGAGCAAUGAUGAUGCAGUGAGAGUCCUGCGAGAAGCUGUGCAAAAACCCGGUCCAAUUAAACUGGUGGUUGCAAAAUGUUGGGAUCCAAACCCAACUGGCUAUUUCACUAUUCCUCGCACAGAGCCAGUUCGUCCAAUAGACCCUGGUGCAUGGGUUGCGCACAUCGAAGCCACACGAGCAACAGAAUAUCCAUUGAGGCCACCAUCUGUUAGCACUUUGACAUCAACUAGUUCAUCUAUUACCAGCUCAAUACCAGAAUCUGACAGGCCAUUCCAAGAAAAUGCUUUAACAGUAGAAUCAGACAUGCUGUCCAUUGUUAAAGCUAUGACAAAUCCUGAAUCUGGUUUGGAAGUAAAAGAUAGAUUGUGGCUGAAACUUCUAAUACCAAAUUCUUUCAUAGGAGCGGAUGUUGUAGACUGGCUUUUCAAUCAUGUGCAAGGUUUCCAAGAUAGGAAGGAUGCCAAAAAAUAUGCAACUUUGCUACUGAAGGCUGGAUAUAUACGUCACACUGUAAAUAAAAUUACUUUCUCAGAGCAAUGUUACUAUGCCUUUGGAGAUCUCACUUCAAAUAUUGCUGCUUUGAAACUAAAUGAAGAUGAUUCUGUCAGUGAAGCUGACAGGGACACAUUAGGACCUUUGCCACCUCCUUCUGGCCCAUCUCCAUGGGGAAAUCAAUUGCCUUACUCUGGUAGCUAUAUCCCUCAGAACACUGGGUUUUUGCCUUUGCCAUUUAAUUAUACUAAUGACAACAACAGUACCUGCAAAAACUUUGUACGUGAUGGAAGUGUUCACAGUGGAUCAGGGGGAAGUAGCAAUGGAGAAUUGAUUCAGGAUAAGGAUCGGAAAUCAGGUAGUCCAGGUGGUAGUGAUUCUGAAGUUGCAAGUCAAAGAAGUUGUCGCAGAAUUGCCAAUCCAGUUGAUUGUGGAGCUGGAAGUAGUGGUAGUGAUCGUAGUGCCAAUACUCAUGUCACGCAAGAUGGUCCAAGAUUGGAUUCUAUACCUCCUGAACUUUCUGGUAGUUCUCAGUCUUUUCGAGCAGCUAUGGGAAAUCCAUGUGAAUUUUUUGUUAAUGUCAUAUAGUGUUGCCUUAAAAAACAAAGUAUCAUUAAUUUUUUAAGCUUCAUAAAUUUUGUUGGCAUUCUUGCUAUUUGUGAACUAUAAUAUUUAUUUUGUCAUAGAAUUUUGAAAAAUGCCAUGUAGUAUUUUUUAUCUUUUUUUAUAAAUCUGUAUGAUUUUAAUAAAGUUAUAGAUAUUUUAAAUAUGCAUGAAUUAUUUUUAAAUCUUUAUUUUAUUAAUUGCUUAAUAUUAUUGUUUGUCAGCAAUAGUUUAAAAUAUUUUCUCAAACAAAAAGGCAUAUUUUUUAUGGUUUUCUUAAUUAUUCAUAAUUUUUGUCUCAGUUGGUUUUAUCUUAUUCAGAAUCUCAGUUUUGUAGUUCUGAUUUGGUUUUUUUUAGGAAUAAUAUCUUUCAUUCAAGAGCUUAAAUGUUUAGCAUAAAUUAAGUGUAUUCAUAAAUUAAAUGUAAAACAUACAAACUUCCAAACACAACCUUUUUUUCUCUCAAAGUUAAUAUUUGUAGGUUGGUUGAAUGACUGCAUUUAAGCAUAUCAGUAUUGUUUGAUAGAAAUGCUGCAUUUUAUCCUUUGCAGUGAUAUUAUGGGGCAACACAAAUAUUAACUUUUGUUGUUUUCAUAGUUGUAAUUCAAAUUCUAUUUGAGAAAUGUGCAAAAGUGGUCAUCUGAAGAUUUAAUAAUGUAUGCAUUAUAAGCCAUUUGUAAUGAAAUUGCAUCGUAUCUGUAUUUCGCAUGGUCAUAUUAUAUUGACUGUGCUUGAGCUGAAUUUGACUUUUCUAUUCUAGAGUUCAUAGUUCUUAACCGCCAUAUUUGUCAGUGUAUUGUCAUCUGACAUUGUUGAAAGCAUUGUAGAUCAUUAAAUUGUAAUUUAAAGCUUAGAUACAGAGUUUAAAUUUUCUAAUUUGUAAAUUUCUUUUAUUUAUUAUAUUAAAAAAUUUUAUUUUAAAGUACAUUCAGUUUAAAUUUUAUAACUGGCCACUUCACUGGAAUUCUGUUAAAUUGAAAAAUAUUGGCAGAAGUUUUCUCAUCUUUAUCUGGAAGUAUUUUAAUAUUUUUUUUUUCCUUUUUAACAUUUUGAUCAUUUAAUUGCUUUAGUAUUAGAAGGUGUCUUUUUAGAUGUAGAAAGUAUUUAACUUUUACUAAUUAUCUUAGUUGUUGAUUAUGUAAAAUCUUAGUAAAUAUUUAUAAUUUUUAAAUACUGAUGUAUAAUGAUUUAUGAAAGUCCCUUGCAUGAUAUGGUUAUGUAAUAGAAUGAUAUGUUUCUUUUUGUUAUACUGUAUCUCGUUUGUAAAAUUUACUGUUGCAUUCUAAAUUGAAAUCUUCCCAAAGCAGUUUUCUUCUCCAGAAGAUUUAAAAAUACCAACCAUUCGGGAGAAAUAGUUAUCAAAAUUGAAAGCAGUUAGAAUAUUUAUGUGACAGCACUUCAACAAAAUUUUAUGAAUAUUGAGAUAGAUCAAGGUAAAAGAAAAUUGAAGGAAAAGUAGCUAGGCCAGAUGCAGAACCUUUAGGAACUACAUCAUUGUAUGUUAGAAAAAAAUUGCCAUUAAACAUUGAUUGUUUUUAUCAGGUCUUGAGGGGAAAAUAUAAUUUCUUUGAAAAAAAAUCUGAGCAAUUCUUUAUAAAUAUUCUUUAAUCUUCCUGUACACACACACACACACACUUCAUAUUUUAAUCUUAAAAUUAUUAACUAACUAUUAGUUGCAAAUAAAUUCAUGUAUAAGUUUAUUUUCAGUUAAGACUUUUAGUAAAAUUUAAUUAAGAAGCUUAGCUAUGUACUUGUCUAACACUUCUUAAAUGAUCUGUGACAUUUCAAAUGUUUCAACUGUCAAAAGUAAAAUUUUUGUCAGAUCAUAAGAUUAAGACCAUUUGUUUAGCUGUGAAAAAUUAUAAAAAUAUCAAAAAUGAUAAAAAUAUCACAGUUUUGCUAUAGUCAUAAUGGUUUUUCCUUUAUUUUUAGGUAAAAGCAUUUGAAGAAUAUAAAUAAAUGUAAUACUGUAUAAAUAAACCACUAUUUCAUUAACAAUAUAGUUGCAUUAAAACGUGAAGAAUAUUUCUAAUGUGAUGAUAAUUAAUAUAUCAUUGAUUAAGUAAUUUAUUAAUUUCCAGUACCAUUGUUCAUCAUUUUUUUAUCGCAAAGUCUGUCAUGAUCAUUUUUAACUAAUUAUUUUACAAAGAGGAAAUAGCUGUAGAAAAUAAAAGAAAUGCAGGAGGAUAAUAAAAGCAUGCAGGAUAAUCUUGACUGAGCUUUCUACUUUUUUAAGGGAGCUGAAAAAAGUGUUGAAUUUUGUCCUGAAAUAAUUUUAAAAAUUAAUAUAUUGUGAACAUGCUAGUAUGAGUGAAUUAUAGUUUCGAGGAAUUAGGAUGAAAUUCAGUUGUAAAUAAAUAUGUGUUUAAAAUUAGACACUAAAAGUUUGUCUAAGGCAUUUUGAGUUUAUUUCACCCUCAAACAAAGAAUAUGUUUUAUGGAGUGCAAAAUGAGCCUCUUUACAUCUGUUAUUGCAACACUUUACAUACAUAUGCAAAGAGAUACUAGACAUUUCAGGCUUCUGAAAACAAAGUCAUUGUUAUAUUGUUCAUUACAGUUGUACAUUAUGGGCACAAAAUGAAAAGUUGACUUUGGAUUAGAUGAAUAUGUAUAGCAUCUGGUUAACUGGAAUAAUAAUGAAUUCAUUCUUAGUUAUAUAUUGCUAUAUCACUUUUUGUAUUGCAGCUUUUUAGAAAUUUAGCUUUAUAAGUUUAUUGGAAUAUUUUUACUAAGGUAAAAGCAUUUUAUAAAAAAACAUUUUUCAUUUAUUGAAUGUACCAGUAAAAUAAAUGCAAUAAGUUCUACUUUCAUAUUACUGUAUUUAAUUUUUUAGGCUUAUAAUAUAUACAGUUAUGAUUUUCUUUUCUUCAUAGUAAAAUAUUGUCCUGAUUUGUGCAUUAAUCAUUUACCAGGAAAUGUGUGUAAAUUUUUCUAUAAAAAUAAAGUAACAUAGAAAAUUAUAAAUUUUUAUAUGCAAACCUUUUUUUUCAUGCUGCAUAACAUAGUUGAGGAUGAUAUCAUGGAAUACCGCUUCUCUGACAAGGGCAUUGUGUAACUAUCAAGUCUUCAACCAUGAACAUUUUUGAUAGGAGUUCCAAGAUCCAAGUAUCUGCGUGUACAGUUUAAACAGAAUUUUUUUAAUUAUGAUUCCAUGAUUUUUAUUGUCUAUUUUAUAUACUCUAUGCAUAUUUAUUCAUUUAUUGUGAACAAUUUUGCAAUAUGUGAUGUGAUAAAAAUUGAAUUUAGAAGGAGGGAAUGUUUAUCAUCAAGUAAUUCAAGAAUACUUAGUUAAAUUAAUAUGUCUAAAGCAUUUAACUUUUUAAAAUUCAGGGCUCAAAAUUUGACUGUUCAUAUAUGUAGCGUAUUUAAUGAGCAUCUGGAUUGUGUUUUACUUAAAGUAAAUUUUGUUACCUUUCUUUGUAAACCUUAAUAAUAAUCAUUUAUUAAAACUUAUGAGUUUCUCUUAGUUUAUAGAUUCUGAAUCAAUAUGUAUAAUAAUGAAUAUGAAAUUUUAUAUUAGGACAUUGUAUAUUAAAGCUUUUUUAAUGCAAAUUUCCAAAUUUCUGUCAUCAAUAAAAAGUACCAGCCCUUGAUCUUUGAAUUGUCACUGUGAUUGUUUUUUAAUUAAUUGAAUUAAAAAAAAAUCUUUUCAUUUAAUUUUUUAACUUUUAUCUUUUGGAAUAGAAAUUUGCAUGUACUAAUAUUGUUUAAAAUUUUAAUGGAAUAUGUCAAAUUUGCCUUGAAUGUUAUUUCUUCUUAAUAAAAUCUGUAGGGUAGGUUAAAAAAUGAGCUUAUCUAAGUGCAUAUCUAUUUAUUAUUUUAAGGAAAUAUUCAAGGGCAAUUCUAAAAUUUUAAUGUAUGAAAUUUGUUUCAUUGAAGUUUGUUUGAUAUAUACAUGUCAAUUAAAACUCAUAAAAUGUGGACAAGGGCUUUAUAAUUUUAAAGUGAGGGGGGAAAAAAGAGUUGAAACCUUUUAUAUAUUAAACCAGUCAUGUGUAAUUAAAAAUUUCCUAAACAGAUGUACUGUUUAUAGUAUUGAAAUGUAUUUUCAUCAUCAGGAAUUUCUUUAUAUAUCUUCCUAAAAACCUAAAGUGAAUUUUUCGUGCUCCUUUUUUCAAAUUUUAUUAAUUAUUGUUUAUUAUUUCUAGAUUUUAAUAAGAGAAUAGUUUACUGAUUUAAUAAUUUCAGUAAGAGAAUAGUUUACUGAAAAAAUUACUGACUUUAAAAAGUUGUAUUAUCUGAAAUUAAAGCAGUAAACUAAGCCAGUUUUGAAGUUUAAUUCAAAUGUGAAAUAUGAAUUUAAUAUUAUAUUUUAUCUAGUCAUGAAAUAAAGACUGGUUCUGCCCAAUUAAAUUACAGAUGGUAAUGAUUUUGGAAGUAGUUGGCAAAAGUUGAACUUUACUGUCCCCUGAUCAAUGCAGAUAUAUUUUCCAAAGACAUCUGUGCAAUUUAAAUGUUUUCUAGGGGCACUGUAUAUAUUCAUACACAAUUUUUUUUCAAAUGCCAAUCUUGCAUUAUUGUGUUCUGUUUGGAGAUGGUAUUUGAGUUUGCAUAAAAUACUGUGUGUGUCUUGUCUGUGUUUACAUUUAUUUGAAAAAUUAAUACUUUUUAUAAAGCCCAAUAUACUUUGUUGCUUUUUAAGGAAAACCUGUAGGUAUAUGUAUCUUGGAAAAAAGAAGGCAUUUAUAUAAAUAAAACAUUCAAAAGUA